AUGGAAGAGGUUGUUGUCACAGCCCAGAAACGCGAAGAGAACAUGCAGGAUGUGGGUAUCGCGGUGUCAGCUUUUUCUGGUGACCAGAUCCGCGAACUGGGCAUGAACCAGGGCUAUCAGGUUGCUGACCAGGUGCCGAACUUCAACUUCAACGCUACUGGGGGCGCCACAUCUCCUGUUGCUUAUUUCAACAUUCGGGGCGUACAGAUUGUUGAUUUUUCGCUGGCCAAUGACCCUUCGGUUGGCGUCUAUCGAGAUGAAGUGUAUCAACCCGCCCAGGGCGCAUCGCUUGCGCAGUUGUUCGACGUCGAACGGGUUGAAGUUUUAAGAGGACCUCAGGGCACACUGUUCGGUCGAAAUAUCACGGGGGGACUGCUGCAUACCAUUUCCAGGAGCCCCACUGAGGAAACUACUGGCUACGUUUCCGCAUCCUACGGGGAGUUCGACAAGUCGAUUGUCGAAGGCGCUAUUGGCGGCAGUCUAACCGAUACGGUUAGAGCCCGAGUUGCUGUUCAAACUCUGAACCAGGAUGGUUGGCAGACCGAUCAGAUAACCGGGCAGGACGACUUUGGUGAAGCGGAAAGCUGGGCAGCCAGGGCCAUUGUUGAAGUUGAUUUGAGCGAUCAGUUGCUGGGAACUUUCGCCAUCCAUGGCUCGGAUGCAGAUUCAACCACGCCCCAACGGGGCUUUUUCGGCAACCUUGAUCCCCUUACCGGCGAUCGUUGCAUACCCCAACGUAUCUAUAAUUCCGAGUGUGUUAAUGCAGCCGGAUUCCGCGAUCCCAGCCCUUCUCCUGAAGAGGUCUACACAGAUGUUACGCGGGAGUCAUUCAGCAAGGCGUCCGGUGCCAGCGCAAAAUUUGAGUACUCAACGGAUUGGGCAGACUUUGUCUCAGUGACCGGCUAUGAAAAAUAUGAAGGUCAGCAUGGUGGUCAGGUUUCCCCGCCGGGCAAUCUGGCCCUUGGAUUCAUUUUCCACACUGAGGUAGAUAGCUUGAGCCAGGAAUUUCGCGCCACUGGGGAUACCAUGGGUGGAGGUACCUGGGUUGCAGGUGUUUACUAUUACGAGGAUGAAAAAGACAGCGACAGCGCCACGAUGGUGAACGCCAAUCCAUAUUACCCAUUAGUGCGCAGGACAAGCACCGAAACCUGGGCAACUUUCAUGCAGCUGGAGCAACCAUUGAGCGAAACAGUGAGUAUAGUUGUAGGCGGAAGGUACACGGAUGAAACGCGCUCACUGGAUUUUAUUACUGAGACAAAUCCAUCAAACCCCGCUUUCGGGCCAAUUGAUCUCACUCCGCUUGGCGAUGAUGAUGAGAUCGAAUCUGGAGAAUUUACCGGCAAGUUCGGCCUUGAGUGGCGACCUAACGAUGCGCUCAUGCUGUACGGAAACUUCUCGCGAGGCUACAAGAGCGGUGGCUUCAACCCUGAAAGAGAUCUGAGCCGUGUUGGUCCAGUAGAUCCGGAAACGCUCAAUGCGUGGGAAAUGGGCUGGAAAUCGGAAAUGGCUGGCGGGCGUGUUCGCUUCAAUGGCGCGGUAUUUUUGUAUGACUUCAUGGGUUAUCAGUCUCUUGUAACCAGAACGAGCGAGGAAAAUGAUGUUGUUGUUGUGGAAACGCGCUUCAUCAAUUCAGGUAAUGCUGAUAUCUACGGAGCUGAGCUCGAGCUAACCGCUCUUCUGAGCGACAAUCUUUACGCGUCUCUUGGCGUUGGUUUGCUCGACACGCAACUGAAUUCUGAUGAUUCGGUGACUGUUGAUGGCACGCCAAUCGACGGCAAUGAACUGCCAAAUUCUCCGAAAAUGAGCCUUAACGGUGUACUUCGUUAUUCCAUUCCUACUGACGCAGGAGAAUUCGCCGUUCAGGGAGACUUCCGCUGGCAGGAUGAUAUUUACCACAAUGUAGACAAUCACCCCUUUGAGAUACAGGAGUCUUACGCAAUUUUCAAUGUACGGGCAUUCUGGCGAUCGCCCGAUCAGAAGUGGAAUGCGGAAGCAUUCAUUGAGAACGUUGGAGAUGAAGAGUAUGCGCUGCAGUCUCUCUACAGCACUGCGCUGGCUUCAUCCAACCGAUCGCAUCGUCACCAUAUGCAAUCCGCCACAAGUGAAGCUACCGAAAAACUUUCCACACCCUGGUACCGAAACUAUGUUCUGGGCGUUCUCUUUCUCGGUUCUAUAGUUAACUUUGUCGAUCGGACUAUUCUGUCCAUACUUCUAGAACCGAUAAAGCUUGAGUUGCAGUUAACAGACACGCAACUAGGUUUGCUGGGCGGCUUGGCCUUCGCUAUUUUCUAUGCAACGCUGGGAAUUCCGGUAGCAAGCCUGGCUGAUCGAUGGAGCAGGGUCAAAGUCCUGUCGAUCUCGAUGAUCAUCUGGAGUGCGAUGACUGUGCUCUGCGGAAUGGCAAACAGUUUUGCCUCUCUGCUGCUUGCACGCAUUGGUGUAGGUGUAGGAGAAGCCGGAGCCAGUCCUCCGUCUCAUUCACUGAUAUCUGACUACUUCCCGCUUGAGAAACGAGCUACAGCGCUUGCGAUUUUCUCGCUUGGUAUUCCAGUUGGUUCGAUGAUUGGCAACUUUGUCGGAGGAUGGGGAGCAGAAGCAUUCGGCUGGCGCACAACUUUCAUGAUGGUGGGUCUACCUGGUGUUGUCAUCGCGCUCCUGAUUCUAGCUACCCUGCGCGAACCGCCAAGGGGCAUGACUGACAAAGUCGCCACGAACCAGGAUAUGCCUCCACCGCCGAUGCUCGAGACACUUCAGUUCCUGUGGUCGAAACCUUCAUUUCGGCACCUGGCCCUCGCCGCCGGUCUACAUGCCUUCGUCAGUUACGGAUACGGUGUGUGGAAUGCUCCAUUUCUGAUCCGAAGUCACGAACUGACUCUACCAGAAGUUGGUGGAUGGCUGGGAAUCAUCGCCGGAGUUGGAGUGAUCGGAACCUUUUCCGGCGGGUUUCUUGGCGACAAGCUGUCCAAGUGGCGGGAUGACUCGCGUUGGUACCUUUUUGUAUCUGGGAUCUCAACUCUGGUGAUGGUGCCAUUCCAAUUUGUUGUAUUCCUGCAUAGUGAACUGUGGGCUGUGAUUAGUUCGAUGUUUAUUGCUUCGAUCAUGGGUGGCAUGUUUCUCGGACCAUCUUUUGCGAUUUCUCAUGCAUUGGUUGCGCCCCGGAUGAGAGCUGUUGCUUCAGCAACUCUAUUGUUCGUAAUCAACAUUAUUGGUAUGGGAUUAGGUCCUUACUUCGUCGGGUUUCUGAGUGACCUGCUCACUCCUGCUUUCGGUAUUGAUUCUUUGCGCUACGCGCUUUGUAUUGCGCUGACGGCAAACAUCUGGUCAUCGGCACACUAUUUCAUGGGUGCUCGCACGCUGCGAAAAGACCUCGAAGUAGCACAUACAAGUAGCCCAGAUGCCCCUUUGUCCACAGCACCAGGGUUCUUCGGAAGCGAAUCAGACUCGUUUGAGCUUGAAAGCACUGGCAUCUUCGGUGAGAUUUACUGGGACAUUAACGACCCUUUAAAGCUGACCUUUGGGUUGCGAUAUGCCGAAGAUGAAAAAUUUGGAGCUGACAGGCAGGAAGUCCUAGCGUGCCAGUGCUUGUUGACGUGGCCAGCGAUACCGCUGCUUUUCUGA